GUAGGAGGGAUCAUUGUAAAACAUGGCGGCCCCCAUCAUUGAGUUGCUGUUCUUCAUUACUGCUGCUGCUGGAGUAUUUGCCGCUACUUUUGAUCCAUAUCUUCCACGGGAUUUAACCACAGUGGCAGAACGUGAUUUGGAGGGACACUUUGGCAUCACCGGUGGAGAUAUUGUUUUUAUAAUUCGCAGCCAACAGGCAAGCACUCAUUUACAAUGGGCACAGGAGACCAAAGUGGACUUAGAACAACAGUUCCGUAUUCUGAACUUGGGGAUUCCGCGUGUCAUUUUACUGCAUGAAAAGUACGAGUUCAGUGGUGUAUGGACAAUUUUGCCUGUGUUUCCAAAAUUGAGAGAAGAUUUCCAAAAGGCAAAAUGGAUCUUCUUCUGUGAGGAGCAAACUCGAGUGAGUGUCCAUGGAUUGGUGGAAGUUCUUAAGAAAUACAAUUCAGAAAAGGAAUGGUUUCUAGGACGAGCUUUAGCGGACCGGUCGGCGACCAUCAUCCACCACUACCGUUUCCAUAACAACCCAUCUGAAUUCCUGUAUCCAGAUUUGGAGGCGGGCUGGCUCAUCAGUUCAAGCCUUCUCCACAGCCUAGCUGACAGAUGGGAAAGCGAGCAGCAAAAGAUGGAUUUUGCCAUCGACAUCAAACACGAGCUAGCAUUCUACAUCUGGAAUGAAGGAAACGGUACUAAGCUGACUGAUCUACCGUCGCUGUGCGCAGGGAACGUCGAGACAAAUAUGAAAAUCAGGACAGAUGAAGGCAUCAGGAAAACGUUGAUGAACACAAUACGCUCUGGGAAACAUGUGGACAAUGACUGUGUCACAGCCCACCCAAAGGAGCUUCCUGUCUGUGGAGAUGCUGUGCCAAAGGAAGACAUCUUGUUUAUGGUCAAAACUUGUGAACAGUUCCACAAAGAUAGAGUUCCCGUUGUCCAGCAGACCUUAGGCAGGCACACUAAGGAUAUUGUCUAUGUCAGCGAUGUUGAGGAUGAAAGCAUACCCACCAUAGCAUCAGGGGUACCCAACACUGAAAGAGGUCACUGUGGUAAGCUGUUUGCCAUCUUCAAUAUGUUCAACUCCAAGCCAGAGUAUCUAAAAUACCCCUGGCUGGUGGUAGUCGAUGAUGACACAAUUAUCAGUGUUGCCAGGCUUCGGGGCGUCUUAUCCUGUUACGAUGCCAAGGAGGCAGUCUUCUUAGGGGAGCGUUACGGCUAUGGACAUCUCAGAAUGGGCUGGGGAUACGACUACCUAACUGGUGGAGGCGGAAUGGUGUUCAGUCGUAGAGGUAUAGAGGAUCUCCUAGCCACUGGAUGUAAAUGCAACAAGAACGAAGAUCCAGAUGAUAUGAUACUUGGGAUGUGCGCCAAACGACACGACCUCCAAAUCUCGCACUCACCACUCUUCCAUCAAGCUCGACCAGUAGACUACGCCAUAGAUUUCCUGGCUCAUCAAUUACCAAUAUCGUUCCAUAAACACAUCAACUCUGACCCCUUAGCAGUCUAUAAAGACUGGUUCAAAGAGGCUGACGAGCUGGACUCCAAAACCCAUGGACUACAAGCAGACCACGAGGAGUUAUGAUAGUCAGUUACAUUCACCUCUACAGGCAGACUGUACAAGAAGUUCAGUUACAAGACAAGAUGGAAUUGAAACACCAUGGUUUUUAUUUACAACACAGCACUACACAAAGAGACUGUCUUUCAACUUCUAUUAACCGUUGGAAGUUAGGCCUCUUUUUUGCAAUAGAGCUACUCAUGUGCCUUUUUACAAUUUUUUAUAAAGCUUUUUAAUGUAUGGUAUUUGUCAAAGUGAAAUUUUUAACAAGGAACUUAACAAAGUAAUGUUUUUUUAGGGAUUGUUCUUAAUUAAAGUUUUUACAAUUUUUACAGCAUUAAAGUUGGUUUUUAACUAUAUCUACCCCUUGCUUAUAAAUGUAAAUAUCACUAAACCCUUUAGAGACCAUGAAUUUCUGUACAAUGACAAGAAAACGCCCAGAUAUUACUAAUAAUUAUUAUUUUUUUAAUCAAAUUUGGUCAGUUACAAUUUUAACAAAAAUAACAGGAAAACAACAAAUUUAGUUUUGUGUUAGGAAAUUGGGAUACUAAGUGAACUAUAAUGACAGAUUUCAUAUGGAAACCUUGUGGUCUUUAUGGGCCUUUUUGUACAGGCCACAUGUGGUAAUACACUAAGAACGCACUAUUUAAUAAGUUCAUGAGGCUGUAUAGAAUUUCAUAUCAUUUUCAUUUUUCGAAGGGUGCUUUCACUGGGAAAUCUUAGUCAAUGGGAAACUUUUGAAAGGGCACCAAGACCAGGCAAAACGGAGGCAAGUAGGGCGAGUUAACUCGAGAUAAGACUAGUCUGAACUCUUUGUGAAAUCCAACCCAAAUUCUGGUGUGCAUUUUCCAGCAUUAUUUUAUUGAAUAGGUCACAAUGUACUUGAGGUGGUAUUUUUAGUAAUGUUUGUACAGUAUUUGUUGUACUUGAUGUUAACAACCCACAAGCAAUUUUCAUAACAUAGUGUUUUAGAUUGUUAUUCUAGUAUUAAAGAGAAUUAAGAGGUUCUUUCCGCCAUUUCAAAGCCAAAUAGCAAUAAACAACUUGAAAAGAUUUUUACAAAACAAAAAUGGUAAAAAAAUGGUUUGUGUUUUUAUUAGUCGUCUGGUUUUAUUUACAACAUCCAAAGAUUUUAACAUUGAUUCGACUCGAAAUGUCGCACCAGUGCAAAAACAAAUCUCAAAUGAUAGAAACAAUAUGUAUUAUAGCAAAGAGAGGUUUGCGGUAACACCAUGUGAAUAUCUCUUAUGAGUAUUGGUGCUUCUGAAAAGAACCAGUUGUUAAAGG